GAAGAUGUCGAACUGGGGCUGCCGGACAUUGAGGUUUCCGCAAGCGAGGCACAAUCAGCACCACGCAAACAGGCCACCAAGAAGAAAAGAGCGAAGAGAGCCUCAAGGCCUCCAAAAAAGAUCGUGGCAAUGCCGCCGGAGGAGCGGGACGUGGAACUUGGAGCUGAGCUGGAUGAGCACGAAGUUCCUGGAUCACCGGUGCCCCCAAGUGCGGCGGAGGUGCUUGCCCCGGGGCCCACGGAACCAGGCACCGUGAAGCACGUCCUCAGCUCGCUGAUAGCAGUGGAAACUGCUGCUCCCCAGGAAGCUUCUAAGGAUGUGCACGGAAAAGAUGAUAAGAUUAAGCCGAAGGAGAAGACGGGGAAUGAGGAGAAUAAGCAAGCGAAACAAGCAGAUGAGAAGUUGAAACCAGAGGUGCCUUCACUAAUGCAUGGGAAGUUCUCCACCGAUGGACGAUUUCAAGAGUUCGUGUAUGUGCCAACAUCGGAUUAUGCAGACGUCAACAGCAAGUCGACGGAGCUCUUUGACACCAUCUUGCGCCAUUGGAACAUGCAAAGGCCACAGCUCCUGAUCAAGUUUCAAUCAGGUUUCGCACACCCAAAGCACUUGCUGGCCAGAGAAGAGAUUGCCAAGUUUAGAGAGGCCUUCAAGAGGACGGGGGAAGAGCCAGAGCUUUACAAAUACUACAACCACUUCGAUUCACAUCUCAAAGAACUCAGAGAAAAGCAGAAGAAGGGUGAAGCCAUGGACGAAAAAGAGCAGGCAAAACUCGAGGAAAAGGCACUCAACCUAUUGAAUGAAUUCCUCUACAAGUCCCUGAGUGAUGUCAUUGUCCGUGCAGCCGUGCGAAAUCGCUGUUGGAUGCUGGUGGAGGGUGGCCCAAAUGGUGGUUUGCUGCUGUUGAAACAAUCUGCAGAGCGAUGCAGCGAGCGCCCGGUGAUUUUGGUACUGGACGCCCUGCGGCGCGAGCGAUUUCAUUAUGCGACCGUGAACAAGAACAUACCGAAGAGUUCUCGUGAACUUGGAUACGCCUAUGUGCAGAAAGUGGACGAGCUGUUCAGAAUGCUAUCGUCAAACGACGAAGAUCGCAAAGUAGCUGACAAAAUUAAACAGAAGGUAAUUGAUGACAUGACAGAAAAGGCAUGGAAGAAGAUUGUGGAUGAUGAAGAAGAGCGAGCGAAAAAAAAAAGAAAGAGGGCGAUGCUACAGAGAAGCAUCCGGAAGGUGUGA